GCAAAUGAUAAAGGUCUUUGGUGAAUGAACAGUUUAAAAGCUUUUGGGAUGACGAAAUGACAGGUUUCAAAAGGAUACGACAAGGUUUCCGAAAGACGGAGAUACCAGCCGAAUGUAAUUGACAUCCGGUAUAUGUGAGGUAAACUUUCGAUAACACAGUCGGACUUGGUGAUUGGAGUGUCCAUCAAAGUGUCAACUUGAGAUGACGGAUAUAUUCGCUGGGAUCGUAAGGAGUUAUAAAAACCCACAAAGAAGUGGCCACAACGCCAAGAACAUGGCCAUCUGACUGUUAUUUAUAUUGUUCUACAUCAAAACAUGGACAUCUACCAGUUUUGGAUAAUCAAAGAAACACGAUAACAGUUUCUCUCAAGAAAGUUCAACCACAAUCACAGGAACUACCACCAGUGUUCUCGAGGGUAAAAGGCGAAUGAAAAACGGCUUGUUCUAAUCCCAUUUGGAUGAUUGGUGAAUUGAGUAUUAAUUGAACGACAAACCCUCGUUCUAGGAUGGUUACACUCUGCAAAUGCAAGAAACGAUACAACGUAAACCUCAAGAUCCUGUGGAGAUAAAUAUAUUGAUCAGGCAGUCGUCACAACAUCUAUUUAUACGGAUCGCCUGAAGCCAUCUGGUAUUCUGUCCAAACAGUGAUACAACAAUCAUAUCCAUUGCACUGGGAGCAUGAAAAAUUAAUGCAUGUGUAGCGGUGGAGUGAAAAUAGUUUAGGCGCACCGGACACGCUGCACGAGGGACACGAGAUAUACAUGCGUCUAAAAAUACAGUCACUCACCUGUUAUACUGCACGAGGAGCAUGAAGUGUACAUACAUUGUGUAACAGUGGCGUGAACAAACAUCGGUAUAUUGCACGAAGCACAUGAUAUAUCCGUGUAGACCAUAUCGCUGAUACAUUGACUUGACAAGGAUAUUAGAUGGACACGAAAUCCUCGUGCAUCCUGUGAUUGUGUUGGAAAGUAAGCAUAUCGCCAGAUACCGAAAGUCUAUUUCCCUGGGAAUUUUACUAUAUCGUCCAGUUUGAAUAAACAACAAUGCAAUGAACAUCUGAAUCAGGACAUUACAACUCUGUAUUUACAAAGAAGUGGCUUCAGUUAUCUUAGUCCCGCCCCCUGGUGGAAGAUAAAGGAACACACGAAGCUACUUCAAUCACAAUGUAUUGACCCAUACCUGGCCGGGAACGAGAUGUCUUCUUGUGCGUUCCCUAGGAGUGAUAGACGCAGGCCACUUCCCACACCCCUCUCGCAGACGACACUUUACAAGCAGACGACAUCCGGUCUCCUUUCUCGUGAUAACACCCCUAACUCGGUCACUCCAGAACUGUUACUCGUUCCUUCCCCAGCGAUAUCCUGAUCGCCAUGUGCCUGGUGUGGAAAACUCUUCGUCUGUUGUUGCUAUGGAUACUUUACCCUCCUCCUUCCAACCCAUGGGGGUGCAGAGGUCAGAUGCCACCCACAAUGGUCAACUCGACCGUUCCAUGUCCGAAGAAAUGUGUCUGCACGGAGUCGAACCCAGAGUCGAACCUCAUGGUGGUGUGCAUCGGCCAAAACCUGACUGCUGUGCCACCAAAUCUCAGCCGACACACAACCCAUUUAGACCUUGGAAUGAAUAACAUCAGUCAACUGCCAGAAACCAUCUUCCGGAAGCUGGAAUCCUUGAAAGAGCUGCGUCUGGCAAGCAAUCACCUCAAGAAGCUCCCUCGGCGCCUCUUCCGCAACGUCCGCCACCUCCAGACGCUAUGGCUUCAAGGUAACCAGUUCAAGGUUGUGCCGCGCAAAGCGAUUCAGAGUCUGGACCGUCUCACCGAACUGAAGUUGGAGACGAAUCAGAUCGAAGUUGUGCCCCCUGAUUCCUUCCGGAACAUGCACAGUUUGAGCAAACUGUGGCUUGAUACCAACAAACUGAAGACUGUCCCAGUUGCAGCCCUCAGCCAUCUACCCUCCCUCGCAGCCAUAAAUCUGAACGAGAAUGAAAUAAAGAAGCUGCCUUCCCAUGCAUUCGCGAACAGCACCAAGCUAAGUAUCCUACUCUUGGCAGACAACCUGAUUGAAGAUGUCAACGAUGACGCGUUCGUGGGACUCUCCGAUUUAAAGAUAUUAGACUUCCAGGGGAACAGAAUGAAGCACGUCCCCGUGGCUUUCAGGUCACUGACUGCCCUGGAAGAGCUCAACAUCGACGACAACCGGCUGGAGUAUCUACCCGACUACUGCUUCAGCGACAACAGGGAGAUGAAGAUGCUGCAGCUGAAGGGGAACCCCAUCACCGACGUCGGCAUCCACGCCUUCAACCAUCUACCUCGACUCGGGAAAAUCACAUUAUCUGAGGCACGUGACAUGACGGAGUUUCCCGAACUGAAGAACACCCAACGUCUGGAAUCCCUUCGGUUUGACCGUGCAAGUAUCAAGGUCAUCCCAAACAACCUUUGUCCCAGGCUGAAAAUACUGAAGAGUCUGGAUGUACAUUCAAAUCGUGUUUCCGAGAUUCCAAAUCUCUCCAACUGCUCCCAUCUGCUCAGUCUUAACCUUGGCAACAACGAGAUAACUAGUCUCCAGGGCAAACCAUUCCGUGGCCUCCGUCAGCUGACAGACCUUGUGUUGGUUCACAACUACAUUACAUAUAUACCUGCAGAUGCAUUCACUGGCCUUCAACGAUUGAUGUACCUAGACCUGGCGUUUAACAGAAUCACAGAGAUCCACAUGGAGGCCUUCAUCCCCCUCAACUCUCUGGAGGACCUCGAUGAACUGCAAUUACAAGAUAUCCAUUUGGGGAAAAAGAGGAAACGUGGGGAGAAUCACAUCCCCGUGUUGCCGACGGAAGGACUGAGAAACCUGACAAAGCUGAAGACCUACCACAACACUGAGCUCAGAGAGUUCCCGCCCAAGGAAACAUUCCCCAAGAUCGAGCUUCUCAUCUUGUCAUACGCCUAUCACUGCUGUGACUUUCUUGAAACUGAGACCGACCACAGUCAGGUGGAACUGAAGGAGGACAUCGUGUGGCUGAAGACAGGGAACAUCAACAUGGGAGCGUGGGACCCGACUGACGGCAACAGAACCUUCUGGAACAGCUUGCACAACAACAACAUCUACUUGGGCACCGACGACACCUUCGACGUUGCUCAGUACAGUGAUUACGAUGUGUGGCCGUAUAACGCUUCAAUCAACACCGACACCUACCUACAGAACUACAAACCUGAAGAAUUCGACUUUGACCUUGGCUUAACGAAACCACCUAUCACAUGCAAGCCAAAACCAGGUCCGUUCAUGCCCUGUGAUGACCUGUUUGGGUGGUGGUCACUGAGAUGCGGUGUGUGGUUUGUGUUCAUGUUGGCCGUGCUGGGCAACGGCGUGGUCCUUUUUGUGUCUGUAACCAGCAGAUCCAAGAUGGACGUCCCGCGUUUCCUCAUCUGUAAUUUGGCUUGCGCUGAUUUCUUCAUGGGGAUCUACCUGGGCUUCCUGGCUAUAGUGGACGCUUCAACCCUGGGUGAAUUUAAGAAGCACGCUAUCUGGUGGCAGUUGAGUCCUGGCUGCGUUAUAGCGGGGUUCCUGGGGGUUCUGUCGAGCGAACUGAGCGUCUUCACCUUGACGGUAAUCACCAUGGAGAGGUUCUACGCCAUCACACACGCUAUGCAGCUCAACAAGCGACUCUCUCUGCGACAUGCCAGUUACAUCAUGCUUGUUGGAUGGUGUUUCUCCAUCCUGAUCGCCAGCUUGCCCAUCUUCGGCAUCAGUGACUUCAGGAAGUUUGCAGUGUGUCUGCCGUUUGAGAUCAGCGGAGUCGUGUCUAAGGGAUAUGUCUGCUUCAUCAUGAUAUUCAACGGCAUCUCCUUCUUCAUCAUCCUGAGCUGCUACUUCAUCAUGUAUCUCUCCAUCCGCGACUCCCAGGCUUGGAACUCCAACGACAUGCGAGUGGCAAAGAGGAUGGCUCUUCUCGUCUUCACCGACUUCGUCUGCUGGGCACCGAUCGCCUUCCUCUCCUUAGCAGCGGCCUUCGGGAAAAACCUCAUCCAUUUAAACGAGGCAAAGGUCCUCACCAUCUUUAUCCUUCCUCUCAACAGCUGUGCAAACCCCUUCCUGUACGCCAUCUUUACGAAACAGUUCAAGAAGGACUGUGUUCUUUUGUGUCGACGUCUGGAGGAUUCAUCCAUAGCUCGCCACUUCUCCAGAGUGAGCAACAGACAUGGAAGCUCCUGGGUGCCCUCGAGACGUCCUUCAGGGCUGAACAGUCUAGUUCCAGGGGAGAAGCGGGGCAGUAACAGCAACUCAAUGAGCAUCGGGAGCCAGUAUGGUGGCUUAAUCAACUACCACUCCGAGUCCAACAAUGUCAAGAGCGACUCGGAGAGGAGUGAAUGUGAUAACAAACAGAACACUAAGCCAUUUUCAGCCAAGGAUUGCCCCUACUGCAAAUGCCGAAGCGUUAAGGGCCAUAAGACCAAGAGAAACAAUAAGAAAAAUGUUGAACACAGGAAGCAUGGUUCUGGCAGAACUGAUGCCGACUCUCACAUCAUCCUGCACCAAGAGUUUUGUUCCAAGGACAAGAUGGAUGAUCUGAACUGCACCACAGAGUCAUACUUGACGUACGAUGAAGAGGACAAUCACCACCGGGCAGUUUGGAUCAAGCAGUCAGGGACUGUGUGUGUUGAUGCUUCGUGUUCAUGUUACGCUCAAAAGACCGUUCCUCCGCUCAAAGGGCAGAUAACUCUUCCAGUUGUCGCUUUUCAAGGUCAUCAAGAAAAAGUCAGUUUUCAUUCUCACCGAUCCAAAAGUCAGAAAAAGACACUCUGGACGCAAAACAUCCCUUGUUGUAGUACCGAGUCGAGUCCUAUAGAUACAGACAAGCAUUGUGACUAUGAUGCGGUUCUCAUGCCAGAAAACUCCAAUGGGUCAUCAGACAGGUGUAUGCAGUGCUGUAGCGGAGUGUCCACUAAUUCCCGAUCCAAAUCCGCGGGAGUCUGUGUGGAAAAGCUAACCCAGUCACAGUUUGACAUCCAGCUGGUGAUAGAGGACGGGUCGCACAUGCGCAGUUCGUCUAAAAAGAGACGGAAAUCGGAAGAGGAAAAACACGGCGAAGCCGCCGAAUCUAGUUUUGUUGAACUCAAAGCCAAACCGUCUUGUCCCGUAAUGGAACAACAAGAACAAACUGGUGAUACUUUGUGUGUUAGAAAACGUAAAAAAGAAAAGAUAGACAAAAAUGUGCAUCUUAGGUUUUUCACACAGUCUCUUGCAGAACACGAUUUUAUUCAGUCAUCGGUGGGGCGGUCCAACAGUCUUGUUGAGCUGACACAGCCACAACUCACCGACCUGUACCGACCCCCCUGUAAGAGACUAAGCCUGACCCCGGGGCAGGAGGGAUACAUGCUGCUUAAUAACACUAACAGAGACUCGGCAUUCGUGGACGACGACGACGAAUAUUAUGCAGACGGUAACUUUUUUGACCGGAAGUCCCGGAAGUACGAUUCCGGUUUGGUGAAGCGCCGCCAGACGGCGGAUGACGCGGCUGAAGAAGAGGAAACAGCGCAGUUAUUGUUUAGUUCGACUGAUAAAGUCUUAGGCAGCAAUGAGAGUGAAGCACUUAAAAGCUCUGUACAAAAUGUGUCAAGUUUAAAGAGCUGUGAUAAAGAAAGCGGUUUCGUAUCGGAGCUGUAGACAGAAUUCCAGUUCUUUUACUGGAUGAAUGACGGUUUCAAACCGAAAUAACAGAACGAUAUAUAUAUUGAUACAAGUACACACUUGGACAAAAAUGAGCACCGGUUAGUGUUCCUAGAUAUUUCUAUAUAUAAAAAUCACAUUGUAUGGUUUU